GUCAAAUCUUGCCAAAAAUGGCAAAUUAGGAGACAGCAUGUCAUGCUGCUUUUCCGAAUGAGAUUUCUUUUUCAAAAUGAGCAUAAUGUUGAUUAUUCUGAGGGCUGUUUUGUGUGAAAGUGAAUGAGCUCAUUUUCGCGAUAGAUUCAUUGAUAUAUUCAUAUUUCUCAGACAAGACGGGACUAGUGCAACGCUGUAACUGAAAUAUAAAUGUUAACCCUAAAGGCAUGAAUUUUCCUUAUCCUUCUAGGUCUUGCCAUUUUUCCCCAUGAUAUUUUCAUAGCCACAAAAGCAUGAGAGCAAAGCGCUCAUCCUUGGUAAGCCUUGCUUCUCUACAGGCGUGCUGUGCCAUACCGGCCUGUGUACAACCAACAUGUUGCCCGGAAGAGAAGCAAAGGCAAUCACACACACAGAUCCCCUUAUUAGGCUCGGCGCCAGCACUGUGUGCAAAACAUUGAGCACUUCACUUAUCAGAAGAGAGAGAGAGGGAGAGAGAGAGGAAAUGGGAGCAGACUCAUUAUCAGUGAUGUUUGUUAUGCUAGUUAUUGUGACUUCAGAGUUUUGUCUCACAGCUGUUGUGUUUUAGACCUCUCUUGUAUAUUUAUUCCCACCACUGGCAAAUUGCCAACUCGAUAUAUAGUGAGAGAGGCCCUCCCCCUUUUUAUAGAAUUUAACUAUGUAAGUUACGAGUUAUACAAGAAUUGUUCCUCUGACAGUGUUCUGUUCACCUAACCCUUUCUCAUGUUUUGUGCCCAGUAGAAAAUGUUCUCUUUUGAAAAUGCAGUGACCCAACUAUUAAACAAAGCUCAUGGCCUCUGAAUUCCCAUACCCCCAAAGCCUGUAGAGACUGCAAGGUCAGAGAAGGUCAAAGCUUGUGUGUCUCUCUUUGGGAAGCAUUUGUGCACAGUACAUGCACUUCAGCUCCACAUAGUUAUACUACGUGCCGCCUAGUAUGUGAAAGUUCUCUUCCAGGGUUCACAACAGUUAAAGAUAAAAGCCUAAACUAUAUACAUGGAUACGAACAGUGCAGACAGAGAUAUGAUGGUACCUCCCUUACUGCUGUUUAUUCCGCAGUGGUGUUGAAUUCUUGAAUCUGAUUAUUCAAAAGGUGUUGAUUAAUUUUCUAUAACAGCACAGCUCUGGCAGGAGUCCCAGCUACAAUUCAAAUCAUAGGUUUUUAUCAACGUGCUCUUUCUAAUACGUUAUCUUUUCUAUAGUAACAGCUCAUUUAAAGAGACUUUUAUGUUGGAAGAUCUACAUAAUCUAAGGCUAACAGAUGGAUAAGAAAUGUGUUUUUUAACAAAGAAAAACAUAAUUGUUGAUAUGGUGAGCUGUUUGUUUAACAUUUAUGGAAGGAGUCCAGUAAGUUUUCUGUCAUUUGAAAGUCUUCAGGACAGAGCAGUUCACGCUUUCUUCAGUCACAUAACAAGCUGCAUUUUUUGGUCUUAUUAACUUUAAGAGAGAAAAAAGAGAGGCUGGUGAAUGAAUGACCAGUUAUAACGGUUAUAAUAUAAGUGAUAACAGGAACUAACUGCUUACCAUAUUUCCCAAUAUGAAAUGCAACUAUUAACGGUUAAAAAUCAUGACAUCAUUCGUCAAUAAAUUAAAACAUUGUAAUUGUUGGCAAGACUCACAAGUAAGUGGAAUAAAACUGCUGUUAUUGGAAAAUAAACACUUUGGUGUGAUAACAGUGAACAUUGUAAUUGUAAAGCAGUGGCUAUAUUUCAGAGGCUUUUGAAAUACAGUCAAUUUAACACUAGUAGAUGUGGUGUUAAAGCCCCUAAUGUGUGAGGGGGAGCUGGAACAAAAGGUGAGAAGGCAGCUGCAUCUGGUGUGGCUACACCACACCACACACACACAUAUAUGUGCAAACCUAUAGGCCAGGGAAAUGAAGAUCUGACUAACAGCUUUACUGCAAACCCCACAGUAACACCCAGCCUCCCUCUCGGACACUGAUGAAUUGGAGGCAGUUGCUGAAGGCAUAUAAGGACAGAGGGUGAGGGGAGGGUGGGCUGAGUGAGAGGAGAGCUGAUCGAGGUCCCACCAUUACAGGGUCACUGCUGGACGAGUCACUUCUGUCAGACAGGCGCAGCACACAGGACACGCCAUACUCUAUUUCUAUAAGGAUAUUGGUCAUGAGUGAACACGUGGAACUGUAACCAUCAGAGAAGGUCCAUAACUCAUCAUCAUCAUAAUCAUCUUCAUCUCCAUCAUCAUCAGAUUUUUUUCGAGUGGGAUUGGAACACAGUACAGACCCAGAGCGGAUGAUUUGCAGCCUGAGCAAACCGUGAACCGAAGGCUCUGCCAAGAGGCCUCGCUCUUUCCUUACUUACAUACUCCUUUUUUUCCACUGUGGGGGAAGAGUCACGAGCCCAGCUGCUUCAGACAGGUGGGACAGGGAGAGUGAGGGACAGUGUGUGGGCGAGAGAAAGACAGGCGCCUAAUUGCCAUUUGCGGUCCUGUACACUCAUCAGGACGGCCACAACCUUUGCCAUCUGAUCUCAUCACGAGCUCCACCCUGCCCCCACCACAACCCAGCCAAUCACAGCAGACAUGGGGAGGAAAAAGAUCCAGAUCCAGCGAAUCACAGACGAACGGAACAGACAGGUGACGUUCACCAAGCGCAAGUUUGGCCUGAUGAAAAAGGCCUAUGAGCUGAGUGUGUUGUGUGACUGUGAGAUUGCCCUCAUCAUCUUCAACCACUCCAACAAGCUCUUUCAGUACGCCAGCACCGACAUGGACAAAGUGCUGCUCAAGUACACAGAAUACAACGAGCCUCAUGAAAGCAGGACCAAUGCAGACAUCAUAGAGGCUCUGAACAAGAAAGAGCACCGGGAUUCGGAAAGCCCGGACCCUGAGGAGCCCUUCUCGCUCACACCUCGCACUGAGGAGAAGUACAAAAAGAUAGACGAGGAGUUUGAUAAAAUGAUGCAGAGCUAUAGACUGUCAUCUACAGUGCCAGCACCCACUUUCUCCAUGCCAGUCACAGUGCCCGUGUCCAGCCAGAGUCCUCUGCCCUUCAGCAAUCCCAGCAGCCUUGUUACCACUUCCUUUGUCACCUCCACGCUCACAGACCCUCGCCUGCUGUCACCACAGCAACCACAGCUCCAGAGGAACACAGUGUCUCCUGGUCUGCCACAGAGACCGGCCAGUGCAGCUAAUGGCUACAUCAGUGCCAGGGCCUCCCCAGGCCUCCUCUCCGUCUCCAGUGUCUCCACUGUCUCAAACGGUAAUAGCAUGGGGAAAGUAGUCCCAGCCAAGUCCCCCCCUCCGUCCAGCCCUCAGAUGGUGAGCAGUCGCAAGCCGGACCUCCGCGUCAUCACCUCUCAAAGCAGCAAGAGCCUCAUGCAGCUGACAGAUGAGGAGCUGGAGUUGGUGACUGAGAAUGCUCAGCGGUUAGGUGCCUCCCAGGUGACCCAGCCUUUGACUACUCCAGUGGUUUCCGUGGCAACGCCUAGUCUCCUGACCCCAUUCUCUAUGCCAACUGCCUACAACACAGAGUAUCAGCUGACAAGUGCAGAUCUCACAGCCCUUCAGGCGUUCACACCGCCGGGUGCACUGUUGCCGAGUAACGUGACCACUUGGCAACAGCAUCAGCCAUCAGUAUCACAGCAACCGCAGCAGCAGCCAUCCAUAUCCCAGCCUCAGCAACAGCAGCAGCAACCACAACAGAUCAGUCUGGCCUCACUCAGUAACCUUGUCAUGUGGGGUGCAGAUAAACAGAACGGGGAGAUGGCUAACUGCAUCUCCGGUCUGGCCGCUAAUGUCAGUGUGACCUCUCAGGCCAGCUUACUCUUGGGCAGGGAGGAUGGGCUCAGCUGGCCAGUGGGUCCCAUCCCUCACGGUGCCACUCUGACAGUGAACACUAACCCGAGCGUGAGCAUUAAGUCAGAGCCAGUGUCUCCUAACCGUGAGCGCACUACCCCAUGCUCCACGGCAGCUCUCAGCGUGUCCCAGUACCCAGGGACCGUGCGGGUAGAAGCCUCGGGCCGCUCGCCACUCCACACCAUCAGCAGCAGCAGUAACAGCAGCGAGCGAGAUGAGACAGGCCAACCACGGCCUCCGGAUUUCAGCGCGGCCACACUGGGGCCAAUCAGAGCAGCGGGAGAUCAAACAGCCUCUGCGGAGUCACAGGAGGGCGCUAAUGUCAAACGCAUGAGACUGGAUAACUGGGUCACAUAAAAACAACAAGCGAGAGCUACCCUCUGUCUCACACACACUCACACACACACACCUCUCUCUGACACACAAUUUCAUCUGCAACCAAGACACAUGCAUGCAACACACUCUUUCCUUGGCCUUUUUCUGUUUUUCUCUCUCUCUCUCUGUCUCUCUCACACACACACACACAGUGCAUAUAUGUACACACACAUGCAAGAUAGUCAUGGACAGAGGUGCCAAUGCAGGUGCACGUGCAGGCCUAAAGAGCUGGACCAUUCUGGACAGGUGUAGGAUGAGACAUUUUUGUUUCUACAGAGCAGAGAAGAAAAAAAAUGCCAGCUUCACUGACCUCUAAUCAGUCUUUACUGUCCUUAGCCCUGUCUUCACACCGACACACUUUACGUUUCUGAUCCGAGUCCGGCUAAACCGCUCAGACAGCCAAACACAAGCUGUUCAUCAUGGAGUGUAGAUUAAUCUCUCAGAAGCUGAUAUCCAGGUCUUGUUAUUGUUGUUUGAGGUUUUUCCCUUUUGUUUUCUUUCUCGUGUGUGUGUGUGUGUGUGUGUGUGUGUGUGUGUGUGAAGGCUUGUUUUUGCUGUUUAUUUUUUAUAGCUGUUCUCUCCUCUCAUGGAACUUUGUUCUUCUUUUGACUAUCAUGCUCAAACAGCUAUAGUACUGACUUACAAGAUAUCUGAUAAUGUUGCAUUUUAAUCAUCAGUCAGAAUCUGUCUUGUAAAUCAUGCAAAAGGAUGAAGUCUGAAUCUCUCAUGUACAGCUGACCUAAUCAAGGUUUAAAAAUAUUUCAGGGACGGACUAUGGUGACUCAUGAGGUGAACUCAGCCACACAAUUUCUUAACGAACAUAGAACUGCAGACAGACUGACAGUAAUAUUUGUGUGUACACAGUGUGACAGAAACGAUGUGGCAGUGACCGGUAAACAACCAAGUGCUCAGUUCAGUCAUGGUUUCAGAGUUUGUAUCCUGCCUUUCCUCUCUGCUAACUUGCGUCAAAUCCCUCAGCAGUGCACCUCUACAUGAACAGCUCAUUAGGGUCGCUCUUCGUUUGCAAGUGAGGCGACUGAAUUUUUCACUUUCUUCACUUUUGUACACACAAGUACGUAUGUUUGUACCGUACGUAUGGUGUAGUGGAAAUGUAGCCCUAUUUGUACGAUUUGAGUCCUGAUAUUAAAUACAAAUGUAUACACACGUUGCUCAGCUGAACACUCUGUCUUAAAGAGUGGGUGGCUGUAUUAGAGUCACUACCGCUAGUUUAUGUGAGAAGCAACCUAAGAUUCUGUAUUUAUUACUUGUAUGUCUGGCUUUGCAAUUCAGAUGUUUGUUAGUUCAACUUAUGAAGCAAGAUUUUCUUAAACUGUUGUUUUAAGAACCCAGAUGAGUUUAGAAGCAAUCUGAGCCAUUGAGGGCUCAGGGUUGCGGGUUUCUAGGCUUUCAGAGUGUGUAAAUAUCCAGUUUUCUCCCCUCCUUGUUUCUGGAGAGGCUCUUGUUUUACAAGAGGAGAUGAUCGGAGACAGAGGGGGGGUUUCUAGAACUCUCAGCACAUGGGCAUGAGGAUUGUACAACUGGAGAGGAGUGUAGCUUUGUGGUGAAGCUGAGGAAAAGCCAGGUGAGGGGGACUGUACAUAGAGAAACGUGUAUGAUCAUACACAUUGUGCUGGAUCUGCCUAAAGCAGAGCUGUAACUCUCAGUGGACAUGUCUUUCUAUUUCUAUGUGUAAAUAAAUUACCGUGUUGCGAGCAAGCCUAGUAGAGAUGCAGCAAGGGGCGCAGACAUGGGUAUGACUGUUUCAGGAUCGAUGCGGUUUUUUUUUGUUUUUUUUCCUGUAAUUGAUAUUCUGAUGGAGUGCACUUUAAAUCAAUCCCCACCAUCCCUAACACACAAACCCUUUUACUAGUCAGCUGUUUUUCAUAAGAGGGGAUGUUUUCUCUUUUUUCUAUUCCCAGUCACUUCUCUUCAUGUGCACACAAUUAACAGAAUACAGACACUGCAUUGCCCUCCUCACUUUUUUUGUCACACCACUGCUUUCAUUUCCUUUUCUUUCAUACUGGCUUGAUCACCUGGCUUUCAGUUUCAUGCAGUAUCUGCAGGACUAUCCCGACUGGUCUACAUAAACACACCUCCUUAAACAUAGACACUCCAUCCCUCCUCGCAGAAACAGCGCGUGCUGUUCAGGGAAGAAGAGCUCAUGUUUGUGGCCCCACGUUUCCUGCCUCGUUUUUUGAUGGUCAACAAUUAUUAAAGACAGCUGUCACCUUUUGUAAAAAGACGUUGUACUUAUGAACAUAAUAGAUUAGACUUAACUUGACACGUGUUGCAAAUGUGCAAUUCUCAAAAUGCAAAAAAAGAGAUGUCUAUUAUUGAAACAAUAAUGUACACAAAUUGUUUUAUGGUCAUUAGUGUAGUGAAUAAUAGAGUGCAUAGAAUGAAGGAUGAUUCAUUAUUGAUAAUGAAGAAUAGGAUGGGCAGCAAUCUCUGUUCAAAGUCUGUGAACAGAAUGGUUUUAAAUGAUUUAAACAGUGCUGUACAUGUAUUGGUAUCCCCAAUCUGUAGUCAAUAUCUGUCAUUUCCCUCAAAUGCUUAAAAAAGAGAGAUUUAGUGUGACAUAUCUAAUGAGAUGAAGUAUUGGUGAUAAAAGUACAGUCUUGCUCCUUGAAAAGGUGUUCCCUAAAUCAGGACUCACCCUGAAGUGUCUCAGAGGUUGGUUAAUUUGGCUAAAUAUUGCAUAGACUUUGUGGACUAGCUCCAUUAUAUAUAUGCUCAGGUGAGAUCUGCCUUGCAUCAGUCCCUCCAUCUUGGCAGCUGAUUUUUUUUUUUUUUAAACCUCGCCACCCCCUCCUUCCAUUUCCCAGCGUCUCUCACUCCCUUUCUCUCACUGUCCUUCUGUCUUUUGUUUGGCAAGCGGCCAUCUCACCUAAACCAUCACAACCAGUAUCCCAUAUCUCCUAGCCAAGAAAACACACACACACACACACAGAUACACACACUCGCCUAAUACCACCUCGGGUCUGCAUGUUGGAACGCCUGUAGACUUUAAGCCUGAGCUUUGAACAAAUUCUGAACAUUUUCUUGAGGUGUGAGAAGUUCACAAGCUCUGAUAAGGAUCUUUUGGUAAUAGUAAGAGUCAUUGUAUUCAAAAGGAAAGACAAUCGUCACGUGAAUAGUUAACUUUCGCCCCCAUAUCCCCCAUGUAUGAUGUUUAGAGAAGCUCAAUUUUUCUAGUGUUAAUUUGUGCUGGUGACAGUUCUAUUGUCUGUUUUUAUUAUAAUUGUUAUAAUGGUUAUCAUUACCAUUAUUGUUAUCACCUUUGAUGGUAAUAAUAAUGAUAAUUUAAAGAUUUAUAUUUUCUGCAUUUUUUGUGUAGGGUAGGCAUCUUAUUUUAUUUGAAUUUGACUUUAUUUUAUUAUAUAUGAAAUACUAUAUAAAUAUCUUUGUUUUCAGGUUUUUUUUUUCGAUUUUUGUUUUUAUUUUUUCUUCAAAGGGGUGUUACUAAUAUUGCACGAUUUAUUAAGACAGAAACGUCAGUAGUGAUAUUAGUACUUAUUGGUAACUGAGGGAAGUGAUAAACAAGCUGAUAGAGUGACCAGUCAAAUGCUGCAAUUUUUAGUCAAUUGUACAAAACUGUCUCUACACAUAGAAGAGUAGGGAUAGCCACUCAUUUAAUUUAUUCAGAUCAGACACAGAUGUCAAUGCAUGGGCGUAAAAACAAGCAAAGAAUGAGUCAUAUUAUAAUAACUGAAAUGUAAUUUCAUUAAGAAUAUACACCACACACAACUAGAAUAGAAAUUGAAGAAAAAAGUUUAAAGAAAAAUAGCUAAUAUAUUGUGUUCUGCUAGUAUGCUUUGAGUUUUGUUGUAAACAAAAGAUAUUUUCUGUUGUUUUCGGAGAAUGAUAUACAAUUUGUGUAUAUUUUCAUAAACAAAGUAUGCACUGAUAUGUUAUUACAAAUUAUAUACUGCUUUUACAAAAAAGUGUUUGUUAUUGUACCAAAGUAUCCAUUUGUCCUUUAUGACCUCCCCCCUCCCCCCUUUUGCGUAUGUUUUACUGUAUUUUAUAUAUUAAAUAGACAAGUUGACCUACAAAGAAG